AUGACGUCGAAGCGGUGGCAGGAGCAGGGCCAGGGGACGGGCAAGAGGUUGCAGACGAGGCAGAAGCAUCUCUACCUGGUGCUGGAUGAUUGGGCCAAGGGCUUCACCAUCCGCAAGAUCGAUGCUGACAACGACCCUCACCUCGGGGUGCCCCCCGUCGUCCGUCUCGUGGCACCCGAGCGCCGCGAUGCCAUGAGCUUCGCCGCCCUGGGCAGCAACAUCCUCGCCGCGGGCAACCGGCACCCCGGGACCCUCGUCUACGACACGGAGACGGCGGGGCUGGCCACCGGCCCCUGCCUCCCCGGCCCGCUGCUCGGCGGCGUCAACAUCUUCGUGGUCGUCGGCGGCGCGCUCUACGCCUUGGCCUACUUCUUCUGCACCAGGCGGCUCUCCUUCGAGGUGAUGGCCACGCCCAGCGCCGAGCUCCUGCGCCUCUCGAGCCCGGCUUCGGACUGGCCAUGGCGGAGCGUGCCUUUCCCGCCGCCGCUCAGGCCGGAGGAAGUGAUCGUCUCCUACGCCGUGCACCCGGACGAGCGCACCAUCUUCCUGUCCGCCGCCCGCGGGGCGCUGAGCCGCCGGACCUUCCCCUUCGACACCGGGCGCCGCGAGUGGAGGCGCCAUGGGAAUUGGGCGUUGCCGUUCACAGGCCAAGGCUACUUCGACAGCCAGCUGGGCACGUGGGUUGGGCUUCACAAGGAUGGCGGCGUCUGCUCCUGCCGAGUUGCCUCCCGCAGCAGCGCGAGCGCCGCGCCGCCGGAGUGGGAGGUGGUCGGGGACAAGCUGUGGAGCCAUGACAAGGUGGCUUUCUGGCCUACGCUGACGUACAUGGGCGGCGCCAGGUUUUGCGUCGUGGAGUGCGUGGUGCGCGAGGGACUCGAGUACGAGGACGCCUUCGGUGACCGUGAUGGCUGCGUGCUCCACAUCACCACGUUUGGCCUCAAGUACGGUCGAAAGGGGGAGCUGCGAACCAUCGGCUGCACCACCAAGUCCCAUGUAGUGUCCAAGCAUUCUUCGCCAUUUUCCCCUGUAGCCUUCUGGAUGUAG